AUGGGCAUACAAUCGGAUUCUCCAAAUGAUGAAAUUCCUCAGAAAAUCACCACGCAAAUGAUAUAUCUGACAAUCUGUGUCUCGGGAGCUGCAUGGAUCGCUGAGUUCGAUAAUGGCUAUUCCGGAAUCGCCCUAGUCAUGCCCGCAUUCCAGAAAGCAUUUGGCCACUGCGAACAAGUCCCCGAUCCAGCGACCGGAGGAACGAUCGAACAUUGCAUCUUGACAACACUCCAACAAUCCCUAAUUAGCGUGGGUAUAUUAUUUAUGGCAGUCGGGUGUGCAUUGGCAGGAUUCUUCGGCUCAGUACUCGGCCGACGGGCAACUAUACAAAUCGCUUGUCUUUUCUGUAUCAUCGGUGCAGCCGGGAUGCUGGGUACAUCAGGAAACUUCCUCAGUUACAUGGUCUGCAAAUGCAUCAAUGGAGUCGGGAUCGGUCAGCUCCUGGCUUCGAGUAUCGUCUACGGUUCCGAGUGCGUUGUCGCAAGCAAACGGGGCCUCUUACUGGGUAUCUAUAACAUUGGACUUGCACUGGGAAAUGUGACUGCAGCGGGAGUAUGUGCCGGAUCAGCAACUUUAUCACCGAAAAAUGACUGGCAGUGGAAAAUGCCUAUUAUCUGCCAGAUUCCACUUGGUGUUAUGCUCGGUCUGGGCGUGAUGCUGUUCCCCGAAUCGCCACGGUGGUUGUUACUAAAGGGGAAAGACCAGCAAGCGCGGAGAUCGUUUGCUAAAUUCCAGAAUUUGGAUCCAGACUCAGCUGCUAUCAAGAAUCAAGUGGAUGAGGUACAGAAACAUCUCGAUUUCGAAAAAACACUGGACGCCAGUACAUCCUGGACAGAGAUCUAUAUUGGUGUCAAUCUUCGCCGAACAGCCGUUUCUGCACUCAUCCUCAUUGGACUCGCUAUAACUGGCGUCCAAUUCGUGGGUCCCUUCGCAGCGCUCUUCCUCAAAGGCCUCGGAAUCGAAAACCCAUACCUAGUCAAUGCCAUCGUGGGACUUUGCAUUCUCGGCGGCGCCUUCAUCGGCCCGCUGGUACUAGAUUACGGCGGACGACGGUUCGCCAUGCUAUACGGAUACGCAGCUAUGGCAGCCUGCAUGCUCAUUUUAUCCGCUGUCAGCACAGCACUGGGUCAGCAUAAUUCAAUAUCCCAAACCGUCGUGGUUGUCUUCCUCUGUAUCUGGGCAUUCGUCUUUGGCGGAUUCAUCGGUCCAAGCGUAUGGCUUGCUUCAGCUGAGAUGCAUAGUGUUCGAAUGCGAACAUAUGGGCAAGCGAAUACGACGUUUCUGUACGAGAUUUUCAGUUUUGCAGCGACGUUCUGGACGCCUUAUAUGUUGAAUGUCAAGUAUGGCAACAUGGGAUCCGAUGUUGGGUAUUUCUACUUUGGGGUUACGGGUGCGGUCUUAAUCUUGGUGUUUUUGUUUGUGCCCGAAACUUCAAGAUUGACACUUGAACAAAUCGAUGACGUUUUCAUGUCGGGGAAGAGAGCUUGGAAGACUUCGACGAAGAGAAAUAUUAGUAUCUCUCGUGGUGGAUUUGUGGAGACGGUGAGAUCUGAACAUGAGGUAUUUGAGAUUGAAAGGGCUCGGACUGUAUCUACGAGCCACAAAGAUUCUGACUGA